GAAACUUGACCCCUUCAUACAUUACACGGAAUUGCUUUAGUCGCCGGCUUAACCGUAACGAUGUACUCACAGCGCAGAGAAAACUAGCAACCAGCGAUGUCUCCAGUCGUAACUACCUUAGUUUUGUCCAACAGUUAUUUUUGUUAUUUAUCGAUCCAGCAGGUCUGUUAGAGCUCUUAACUAACGCAAACAUGUCUGAGCAGCCAGCAGGCAAAGGACCGUCAUCCACCAGCCCACCUGGGUUUGAAGGGUUUCCCUUCCCGGUACCUCAGCAGGACAUCUCCGGGAAAGCACAUGAGCAAAGUGGGGAGACCAAAAAGAAGCCGUGUAGAGCCUGUACGGACUUUAAGUCCUGGAUGAAACUGCAGAAGCAGCAAAGCACAGUAGCUGCUGCACAGCAGAAGCAAGGUUCAGAAACAGAGCAGCCAGAUCCUCAGUGCCCACUGGACAGAGAGGAGUUGGGCCGGAGUACUUGGUCGUUUCUGCACACCAUGGCAGCGUACUAUCCCGAUCGUCCGUCUUCCACCCAGCAACAAGACAUGGGACAGUUAAUCAACCUCUUCUCCAAGUUCUACCCCUGUGAAGAAUGUGCAGAAGAUCUCAGGAGCAGACUGAAGACCAACCGUCCGGACACGAGCAGCCGCCAUGCUCUCUCCCAGUGGCUCUGCCGCCUACACAACCAAGUCAACGUUCGGCUGGGGAAGCCCGAGUUCGACUGCUCGCUGGUGGACGAGAGGUGGAGAGACGGCUGGAAGGACGGCUCCUGUGACUGAGCGCGUGUUUGACAGACGUGAGGACGGGGCGUCAGCCUCUGAGGGGAGACUUGCAAAGACUCUAAUAUGAAAGAACAGUGAAUGAUCAAUUCUACACCUUUGUUGUUUUGUGUUUAGUUUGUGUGACAAGUGUAAUUCUAAAUUAAUAAUAAUAAUAAAAAAUGAUGAAAAACAUAUUUCUAAUUUUUUUUUUUAAACAAAAUAUACAUUUUGGUUCUUUGUAACCCAUUCUUCUCCUCUGUGAGAGUGGU